UGGUUCGACCUUAUGGGCAGAAGCGCUGAGCAAUUCCGAAGAAGCUGUGAGACAUGGAGGAUCUUGGGGUUUAAGUUCCACGACCACCUACGAUUCCUGCUUGACUUCUCCUGGAAUUCUACCAAAUUGCAGCUGACCAGUGUCUUUGUGAUCCGCCCCAACAAUGUCGUGGAUUCUUGAAUCGAAGUCCUGCUCUGUGAGGUUUACAUCAUGCGUAACAGAGGCAUUUCCAGGGGAUGCUAAGGGAUGAUGGUUGUUGUGAUUAACGGUUCCUUUGCCAAUCUUCAUGAGUUUACACUGCAAAAAAACCGUGGUGAGUGAAGGCCACUUUGAGAAGGAAAGCGAUGUGCAAAAUGAGGAUAAAGAAGGUCAGGCUAUGGAUCUAGAAAAUGAAACGAGCGCAGGGGUUGAGGACAUUGAAGUGGAAGUGAACACAGACGGAACAGAUGAUAAGGCUACGACUCAAGUUGAUGAAGCGGGUCCAGAGGGAGAGGAGCGAAAAGAAGAGAAAGUCCCUAAUGAGGAGACAGGCAAUGAGGCCAUGAUUCUUGUCGAUAGAGACGACGCAGAGGAAGCUGAUGAAGAGGAAUGGGAAGAGGAGUACGUAGUUCUUGACCUAGAUGACAUAUUCCAUGGGGUACCCGUUCCGAGCGAUGCCUAUACUCUUUCUGACUUGGAUACACUGAAUCCGACGCUGACUCUUGACAGUGGGCUCAAGAUGACAGGUCACUACGUGGAGACAGUUGGCACUGUUGUUGUAUACUCUGAGAAAGAGAAAGAGAUUUCAGAGGCCCCAGGUGAGUCGCAGGAAGUUCCCAUAUCUGAGGACCCAAAUGCUGUGAAGAAGGAGAAGAAACCGCUCAAGCGGAUUCGAGGUGUAUGUAAAUUAGAACGGAAACUGAAAUUUUGUGCCGUGCCAAUGGAAGACGCACCUUUGAACAAUGGCCUGUCGAUGGAGGUUGUACCACUUAAGAACACCGUACCAACAGAGGAUGUAGCGGUUCAAAAUGUUGUAUUGGAGGAGGAUGCACCACUCGACACUACCACGGAGGUGGUGGAUGCAACUCCUAAAAUUGCUGUGCCGACGGAAGAUAGCGCACUUGAAAAUAUCACGCAGAUUGUAGUUGGAUCUUGCAAAAUCGGUGGGCUGACGGAGGAUACAUCUCUUGAAUGUUCCAUGCCAGCGGAUUCUAAGCAAAUCUCAUCGAUAGGCGAAGCAUCACUCGAAACUGAUAUGCAGGUGGAGGAUGCAUCGCCCCAACAUAUUGCGCCAGUGGACGAUGCAUCUCCAAAAUGUGCCGUUGUGACAAAGGAUGCAUCUCCUGACACUGCCAUGCCAAUGGACUCUCACAAUGCCGUGCCGGCUGUAGAUGUGUCUUAUGGAAAUGAUGUUUGAUCUCAUUCCUUUUCUAGACGUGAGUUCAUUGAUACACACUACAAGUUGACCACUAGAGUGUUCAUUGAUCGACGUGGUUCAACAUCAUUCAGUGAGAUUUAUGAGUACAUUUAAAUUUUUGGGUAUCUGUGCAA